AUGCAGCGACCAACAUACAGCCACUCGCCCCCGCUACACCACCCCGUGCCGCAACACGUUUCGACUGUCCCACAACUCCGGUCACCACCACCGCUAGCAUCUUCGUACGAUGGUAGCCCCUACCAACCUCAGCCACAGCACCAGGCGCCGUCGGGCACCGGAAUGUUUGGGCCUUAUGCCAAUUUCAUAAACGACCCUGCCGCCCAGAUCGCAACACAAUUUGGCCAGUCUGCAUUCCGCCAUGGACAAGAAUACUUUGAGCAAAACGUCAACCGUUUCGUGAACGUGACCGCCCUCAAGCAUUACUUCAAUGUGACCAACAGCUACGUCCUCUCAAAACUGUUCCUGGUCCUGUUCCCCUGGCGACACAAGCCGUGGACGCGCCGUCAGGCCCCUGGAGGAGGUGGUCGCCCCGGUCAGGAGAAUUGGUAUUACUUGCCGCCGCGCGACGACAUUAAUAGUCCGGACAUGUACAUCCCAGUCAUGUCGCUGGUUACAUAUAUCUUCCUCCAGGCGCUAAUCUCGGGCUUGCGCGGCAAGUUCCAGCCCGAGCUUUUUGGCUACAUUGCGACCACCGCGGUAGUAGUCCAAAUCGUCGAGAUUCUCGGCCUGAAGCUUGGCUGCUAUCUUCUGAGCAUUUCCAACGAGAGCCAGUUGCUGGACUUGGUGGCAUACUCAGGAUACAAGUUUGUCGGCAUCAACGUGACUAUCAUUAUUGCUGAGAUUGUCAAUGGUGGCAAGGGAACCGGUGGCUGGGUUGGAUGGAUGGUGUUUCUUUACACCUUUCUGGCCAAUUCUUUGUUUUUGAUGCGUUCCUUGAAAUAUGUCCUCCUCCCUGAGAACAAUAACGACAGGGGGAAUCCCAUGCAGACCAUGCACCCACUUGAUUCACGCGCCAAGAGGAACCAGCGAACGCAGUUCCUCUUCUUCUACUCCUAUAUCGUCCAACUUUUUUUCAUGUGGAUCCUCUGCCGGUCAUGA